UCUUCUGCGAAGAAGUCGUCGAAUUAGGCGCCCCUGCAAAUCUGACAUGUAAUAUUAUGCAUGUCAAUAACGCCCAUUCCUACUCAACACCUCAUGGACAUACUGCUGCUUCGUGUGACCUAUCAGAUGGAAAGUGUAUACAACUUGGUGACUUUAGCGCAUCUGUCAUCAACACCACAUGCAGUGUCCUGUCUAUACCCAGUGUGCUGCAGUCACAUGGUGGGAAAUGGACAUGUAGUGUAGAUGCAAAUCAAGCUAACCAUGACACUUGUCACAUGACUGUUGCAAAGGUUCCAUCAUGUAACAUAACAUCAGACCAGAUCACCAGUGGUCUAAGUGGCGAUGACGUCCUUGUGCUGGCAGUGGUGGCUACAGGCUAUUACUGUUCUCAAGUGAACCACCUUCAACUUCUGACCGGACGCACCGCAACAAAUCCGAUGGAUACAACUGUCACUAACAUAACUGAUGACGUGUUUGUCACUUCCGUCAGUGUAACAGAACUAACCAUUGCUGAUGUGAAGCUUAGGUUUACCUGUGGCACUCGGACCUGGGAUGUUUCUUGUGAUGGAGCAGAACACCUUCCCAAACGUGCCUCCGAUGCGGAAACAUCUGCAACCACUGCAAGUACAGACACCAACCUCAGCCCUGAGUCUACAGCCAUCGUUGUCAGUAUUCCCAUUCUGAUACUCCUUCUGAUUAUCAUGACAACUGUCAUCUAUCUGCGGAGGCGACAACGCCCAGUUAAAGAUGUUGGUCCUCCUGAGAUGCCUGAUCUUCCUGACGAAUAUGGUUACGCUUCAUUAAAAGACAUCAGAGGACGACGUAACCGCCUGGGGACAUUCAUCUGCUUUAUCCCCAAUAGCAAGGCAAGCCAGGGUGAACAUGUUGAACCUGAAUGAGGUUAUCAGGCAGAACAUCGUUGCGUGGACACACCUGCGGGAACAGAUGAGCCUGAAUGUAUGAAGUUUUGAAUAAACACAAAGCCGAAUCCCGACCUGAAAUUCCCUGUGCAGCAGUUACAGCAGAGUGAAAGGUAGACCAAAAACCCAUACUACGACGAAGAUUUAUUUAAAUAAUCAUCAUAUUUCAAAAAUACUUUAGAUGAAGUUGGAUUUUUACACUUCAGAACCAGAAUGAAUUAUCUGUGUUGUUUUAGAUGAACAACUGGCUUGCCUUUGCAUGUGUUCGUGACGGAUGGUUCGUGACAGUAUGCGCUCAUCUUUUCGUCAACAUCUGGUGUCAUUAUUAUUUUGAUAGUGAUCCAUAAACACAUGCUCAUGAUAUUGGCAGAAUAGUAUGGUAAGGGUUUUACUGUGAAUCAGUCCUGCUCUUUAAUUUAAGAACACACGGUAAUAAGAUUUGUUUAUGAACAACUUUCUAGUUUUUCGAGGAUGUUCCUUUUACAUGCACUAGGCUGAUAUAAAUCUAGCGGAGGGAUCCAUUUAAGUGUGUAUAAAUGUUUAUUUCAUUCAAAUAAAUAAUGGAUGAUAGUAUGUGUUUAUGUAUAUUUUCAGUCUCACAAUGAUUUAGAAUGCAUGGCGACACGAAUACCGUAUUUGAUUGUAGUAGAAGACUGUUACGUCAUACGUUAUUCAAUGACGGUGCAGGUCCAAUCACCUGUUAAGCAUAUCCUACUGUUGUAUACGAAAUGUUUCAGGUUUGUUGAUGUAAUUGGGGAGCUGAUAUGUUGCAGGAUAAUAAUUCUUUUUUCACACAGGACGUCACGUUUAUCCUUUGUUUGUAUCAGUAUGUCCAUACCUGUCAGGCUGCUUCUACCACUCUCUGUUGCCAUCUGAGUAGACAUCUCUGUAUGGAUGAAAUGAUGAUAUGUUAAAUUUUUACUCACUCACUCAGGAUUCAAAAUGUUCCUUAAACCAGAAAACAUAUUUUUAUGGUCAUGUUCAUACAUUAGUUGACUAUUCUCGCUGAAUGACUAUAACCAGAAUUAAACAUUAUUUACAAGGAAGUCGCCGGUCACAUGGUGAAACUUCAUAUUUCAAACAUUUUUCAAUGUGAACUUCUAGCUAUAUCAGUGUUAAGGAAACUGAUCCAGAUGUGCAUUUUUGUCUUUUCUUUUCCUAAUUACCCGACACAAUUGCAAUGCAGUUGUGUCCACAUUACACUCGUAUGACAAUGCCACUAUUCACAAAACAAUUAAAGAGGCAUGUGUAUUAUCAUACACAUCAAAGCUCUUCUUAAGCGAAACUAUGGUUCCUCUGUUUGAACUUUUCUAACUGUGCCUCGUUUUGAUUCAUUGUGUUGAACAUAAUGUGUUGGCCUUGAGUCAAGUACAGUAAAGUACGUUUAUAACGAACACGCCUAUAACGAACUGACCUGUAUAACGAAUUUAUUUUUAAGUCCCGACCGUUUGUUGUAUAAAUGCUGUAUAUAUGCCUAUACCCGGUUGUCCAGCCUCAAAUUGGUGCGACAAAAACAAAACAGUUCGUAUUUUC